AUGGCCAUGAAUCGCAUCUCAGGCCACAAUCUCUACAUCGGAGGGAUUUUCUGCCUCAAAAACAAAGCUGCGAUGGCCAGGGAGAAUAUCACCCAUGUGCUCUCCGUGCUCCGGCUGAACACAACCGAGGAGAAAACAUUUGCACCCUAUCUCCAUCAUUUCAUCGAUGUUGACGAUGUCGACGAUGAGAAUCUUCUGGAGCAUUUCCCUGCCGCCAUCAAGUUCAUCCAGGCCGGGCUGGAUGCAGGUGGCGGCGUUCUUGUGCAUUGUGCAAUGGGCAAGUCCCGCUCCGCUACUAUCUGCCUUGCCUACCUGCUCCACCAGCAGCCUGGGGCGCUCACGCCGCAAUCUGCGCUGACGCUGUUGAGAGAGUGCCGGCCGCUAUGUGAGCCAAAUGAUGGUUUUAUGGAACAGCUCGUACUAUACCACGAGAUGGGCUGCCCAGAAGAUGUCACCAGCCAGCCUGCCUACCAGCGCUGGCUGUAUCGCCGCGACGUCGAGGAAAGUGUAGCGUGUGGCCGAGCCCCCGAGAUGAAGUCCGUUCGAUUCGAAGACGAACAGCCGCUUCGCCACCAGCAGGAAGUAGACCAGGCGGUCGAGAUCAAAUGCCGGAAAUGCAGGCGCAAGUUGGCAACAACCCCAUUCAUCAUUCCUCACGAGACGGGAAAGAACAGUGCCAAGUCCCAGGCAAAUCUGGACUGUGCGCACAUCUUCUUACAUCCGCUUACGUGGAUGCGCCCCAGUUUGUUCCCGUCGUCACCAGAAGAUAAGUCAGAGGACGCCCCAUUAUCCGGGCGUCUGACCUGCCCCAAUUCCGCCUGCGGGGCCAAUAUCGGGAAAUUCGCAUGGCAAGGAAUGCAAUGCAGCUGCGGUGGCUGGGUGGUGCCUGCGAUCGGUCUUGCUAAGGCUCGCGUGGAUAUGGCGAACCAAGUGAACAUGACGCGAGGCGCCCCCGCCGCGCUCGGCAUCCGCUUGCCCCCGGGAAUGCGGUCCUCUGAAUCCAACGGCCCUGGUUCAGGGCGUGGGAAUCUUUGA